AGAAAAGCGAACCCAACCCGUCGGGGCCGCCGCUCCGGAUCCGCCGCCCGCCGCCCGCCGCCCGCCGGCCGCCUCCUCCCCCCCGGAUCGGGUGUACUGUCCCAACCCGAAAGUCCAGUUCUGCGGCCCGGCAGCGGCGAGCGAGCGCGAUGACACAGGAGUACGACAACAAACGACCAGUGCUUGUUCUUCAGAAUGAAGCCCUUUAUCCACAGCGACGCUCCUAUACCAGCGAGGAUGAGGCCUGGAAAUCGUUCCUGGAAAACCCUCUCACUGCAGCAACCAAAGCAAUGAUGAGCAUCAAUGGAGAUGAAGACAGCGCAGCAGCACUGGGCCUGCUCUAUGACUACUACAAGGUUCCCAGAGAGCGACGGUCAUCAGCAGCAAAGCCAGAGGGUGAACACCCAGAGCCAGAGCACAGCAAAAGAAACAGCAUACCGAAUGUGACCGAGCAGCCCCUCAUUUCUGCUGUAGAGAACAGGGUGCAAGUCCUGAAAAAUGUGCCCUUCAACAUUGUCCUUCCCCACAGCAACCAGCUGGGCAUUGAUAAAAGAGGCCACCUGACAGCUCCUGAUACAACAGUCACUGUUUCCAUAGCAACCAUGCCUACCCACUCCAUCAAGACAGAAAUCCAGCCACACGGCUUUACUGUGGGAAUCCCUCCAGCAGUAUACCAUCCUGAGCCCACCGAGCGUGUGGUGGUUUUCGACCGAAACCUCAGCACUGACCAGUUCGGCUCUGGGGCUCAGCCCCCCAAUGCUCAGCGGAGGACGCCAGACUCCACCUUCUCAGAGACCUUCAAGGAGGGCGUUCAGGAGGUUUUCUUCCCCUCGGACCUCAGUCUUCGGAUGCCGGGCAUGAAUUCAGAGGACUAUGUGUUUGACAGUGUUUCUGGGAACAACUUUGAAUAUACCCUAGAAGCUUCAAAGUCACUUCGGCAGAAGCCAGGGGACAGCACUAUGACGUACCUGAACAAAGGCCAGUUCUAUCCUGUCACCCUGAAGGAGGUGAGCAGCAACGAGGGGAUCCACCACCCCAUCAGCAAAGUUCGAAGUGUGAUCAUGGUGGUUUUUGCUGAAGACAAAAGCAGAGAAGAUCAGCUAAGGCAUUGGAAGUACUGGCACUCCCGGCAGCACACGGCCAAACAAAGGUGCAUUGACAUAGCCGACUAUAAAGAAAGCUUCAAUACCAUCAGUAACAUUGAAGAGAUUGCUUACAAUGCCAUUUCCUUCACCUGGGACAUUAAUGAUGAAGCAAAGGUGUUUAUCUCUGUGAACUGCUUAAGCACCGAUUUUUCUUCUCAGAAGGGUGUGAAGGGGUUGCCUCUUAACAUCCAAAUCGACACCUACAGCUACAACAACCGCAGCAACAAGCCUGUGCACCGGGCCUACUGCCAGAUAAAAGUCUUCUGUGACAAGGGAGCUGAGCGGAAAAUCAGGGAUGAAGAACGAAAGCAAAGCAAGAGAAAAGUUUCUGACGUUAAAGUACCACUGCUUCCCUCGCACAAACGAACGGACAUCACAGUAUUCAAGCCCUUCCUGGAUCUUGAUACCCAGCCUGUCCUCUUCAUUCCUGAUGUACACUUUGCCAAUCUGCAGCGGGGCGCUCAUGUUCUUUCCAUUGCCUCGGAAGAACUGGAGGGUGAAGGGUCUACCUUGAAAAGGGGGCCAUUCGGACCGGAAGAUGACUUUGUUGUCCCACCUCCUGCUAAACUGACUCGGAUAGAGGAACCAAAGAGAGUGCUGCUCUAUGUCCGAAAGGAGUCAGAAGAAGUCUUCGAUGCCCUGAUGCUCAAGACCCCAUCUCUGAAGGGCCUGAUGGAGGCGAUCUCAGACAAAUAUGAUGUCCCCCAUGACAAGAUUGGGAAAAUAUUCAAGAAGUGCAAAAAAGGGAUCCUGGUGAACAUGGAUGACAACAUUGUGAAGCAUUAUUCUAAUGAAGACACCUUCCAACUGCAGAUUGAAGACGUGGGCGGAUCGUACAAACUCACCCUGACAGAGAUCUAAGGCAUGGGGCCUUCAGCCCCCCAGGAGUGGGAGUUCCAUGAAAGUAUUCCACAGAUCUUAUUGUCAGCCAGCGAAGGAGCCCAGGUGCCCACUCUGCAGACACAGUGAUGUCAGGGAAAGGACUCCUUUCAUGCAGGAGAUGGAGCUGUGUGUAAUAUGUUGCAUUGGUGUUUUUCACAGGACAGAAUCCACCUAUCGAUGUGUUUGAAUUUCUAAUGUACUUAGGAAACUAAAAGUGAGAACUUUAUCCUGGGGUUUAGCAGACUCUGGGAACCUUUGGGCUUUCUGCUACAUUACUUCUCACAAUCUUGGGAGAUUGGCCUUGAGUCCAUGAUAGCGGUGGUCAGCUGGCUAGUGGGAGUCAGGAAGGCAGUAGGCUUGGCUUUGAGGGUUUUGUGUUCUUGCCUGACCUCAGUCUAACUUGAUUGCCUCAGGGAGUGCGCCCAGCCCCUGAGCAGUGAAGGGCUGAGCUCUCUCCCUCCACCUCUCAUCCCCCAAUAAUGUUUACUAUUAGGGCACGUUACUGGAACCUUCCCUUGCAAUUUCCUUGGACAUAUCAACUGCCUCUCUUAUGAAGAACUUAAAAUGGGUUAUAGUGUGAAAUUAGUUAAGUUAAAGCUGAAUUGUAUAUAAGUGCAAUAUCUUUUUGAAGGUCUGUCUGUAAAUGUGUACAUACGUGUCUGAUAUAAAUAUAUAAUAUAUAAAUACAGUAUCUGUGUACAGAUAGUGAAGGUAAACAGAAAGAUCUACCUUGAAAACUUCCCUAAAGAAGAGGUUAAGUUAUUUUUGAUAAUAUGGACCAAGCAGAUAGAAUAUUGUGUUUUCCCAAACACAAGCAUAGCCAGGCCAUCUUGAGUGACAGAAUCUGUCUGCUCUUGAGAAUGUCCUCGUGGUUUCUGCACUGUUUAGCAAGUGGAGUGAAAGGAGGACUCGACUGCAGUUGCUGCCUGUGGUGUAUACAAGUGUCAGCCAGCUGUGCCCAUGCAGAAUGAAAAACAGGGUCACAGCACACUACUGUCACCACUGUGAGCCAGGGAUGGAACCCAAAAUGGGCCUGAGAAGUGCUUUGACUUUACUGUGUUUUAGAGCAUCAAAGCUUUGAUGACCUUGUAUGUUACAAUACUAGAAAACACUCAUGAACUUAUAUUACUGUGGCAGGGGAGUGUUUUGUACACAUUUAAAUAUUUAAGAAAACUUUUAAAAUGUAAUUUUAUAGCAAAAACUGUAACAAAUAUAAUUGCGGGUCUCUUUUAGGUUCAGGGAACUAGAAUAGGUCAUUUGUAUAAGUAGGAUUGUUAGCUACAAUCUUAAGCUAAAAUAGCCUAAUGUAUGUGAACUAGAUUGCUGGUUUUCUAAGAUAUGGG